ACCUGGUCAUGGUUAUUAGAGACCUAUUCGUAGCAGGGACAGAAACUACUUCCACUACAAUUCGAUGGAUUCUGGUCUACCUACUCAGUAAUCCGGAUGUGCAGGAGAAGUGUUUUCAAGAGAUCAAAGAACACAUCGGCCAGAGCAGACGACCUACCAUGAAGGACAAGACCAACCUGCCUUACGUGGAAGCAACCAUUAUGGAAGCUUUGAGACUAUCAGAUAUCGUCCCUACAGCUCUCCCACACGCCGUUCCCCAUGAUGUCCAGUUUAGGGGAUACACGUUCCCAAAAGGUGUACAGGUCAUAGUGAUGCUUGAUUCCGUCCUACAAGACCCGGAUGUAUGGGGUGACCCAGAAAGCUUCCGGCCUGACCGUUUCCUUGACGACAGUGGCAAGAUUAUUAAGAAAGAAGAGUUCAUUCCGUUCUCUCUAGGUCGAAGGGUGUGUCUGGGCGAGUCGAUGGCCCGGAUGGAGUUGUUCCUCUUCCUAACCACCAUGAUCCAGAGGUUCAAGUUUGUCCCCGUGGACGGCCAGAUGCCUUCCUUGGAUGGACUUAUCGGCAUAACUCAUUACCCAAGACCAUUCGUCAUGAAAGCAAUUCAAAGGAUUUGAGCGUGCCAACCCAAGAUAUAUUUCAGCUUCCCGAACAUGUUUCAAUGGUGAUGCGUCGAAUAUCAAACUCAGU